UUAGCCCCUGAGGCGUCGCCAAAAAGACAAAGUUCAAUCCAAGAUGGCGGCACUUACAAACUUUGUUGCGUUCGUCGUCCUCGCUCUCUCGCUGUUUCUGGCCGUCCAAGCCCGCAACAGGCACCGUCCAAGCCUGGACUAUGAAGACAGGAACGAAGAGGAUGGACCGAACUACCUGAUAGGUGUAGGCAGAGGCGAUGUAACGGGACCGGCCGCAGAAGUCAACAUGAUGGGGUAUGCCAAUCCUUCUCAACAGAGCUCAGGCAUCCACUUCCGGCAGUUCAGCCGUGCCUUCAUCGUGAUGGACCCACAGAACACCACUCGCACUGUGUUUGUCAGUGUGGACUGUGCCAUGAUCUCACAAAUCCUCAAGAUAGAGGUUGUGAAGAAGUUGAAGCCCCUGUUUGGAAAUGCUUACAACGAGAGCAAUGUGUGCCUGAGUUCUAUCCACACUCACUCUGGCCCGGCCGGGUUCCUGCAGUAUGUGCUGUUUGAUGUCACCUCCCUGGGGUUCGUCAGGGAGAGCUUUGAUGCACUCGUUGAUGGAAUAGUUGCUAGCAUCCAAAGGGCUCAUGACAACGUUGUGCCAGGCGACAUCUACCUGAAUCAGGGAGAACUGCAGGAUGCCAACAUCAACCGCAGCCCAACUGCCUACCUCAACAAUCCUGAAGCAGAGAGGGCCAAAUAUGAUGGCAAUACUGACAAAAACAUGGUAGUGCUGAAGUUUGUGGACCAACAUGGAGCAGGGAUGGGCAUGAUCAGUUGGUUUGCUGUCCACUGUACCAGUAUGAACUUCACCAAUGGCUUGAUCAGUGGAGACAACAAGGGCUACGCCUCCCUGCUGUUUGAAGCUGACAUGAACACAGACUCACUGGCUGGACAGGGCUCUUUUGUGGCAGCCUUUGCCCAGAGUAAUGAAGGAGACGUGUCCCCCAACACCAGAGGUCCCCACUGUCAGGAUACAGGUCUGCCCUGUGAUCUAGAGACAAGCACUUGUAAUGGGAAGUCGGAGCUGUGUGUGUCCCCAGGCCCAGGAGUGGACAUGAUUGACAGCACACGUAUCAUUGGUGAAAAGCAGUACAGCAAGGCGAAGGAGCUGUACAAUGCAGACAUGCAGGUGGAGCUGUCAGGACCGGUACAGUUUGCCCUGCAGUUUGUGGACAUGAGCGAUGUCACUGUGCACUUCAACAGUUCCUACUCGGCAAAGACUUGUAAACCUGCCAUGGGGUACAGUUUUGCCGCAGGAACUACUGAUGGACCUGGUUCUUUCGACUUUACCCAAGGUGACACUGAUGGAAAUCCGUUUUGGAACUUGAUCAGAAACAUCAUCAAACGACCCUCAGCAGAAGAGGAGGCCUGCCACGCACCCAAGCCUAUUCUACUGCCUACAGGAGAGAUGACGUUCCCUUACGCCUGGCAGCCGGACAUUGUUGACAUCCAGCUGCUGAGGUGGGGGCAGCUGGUGGUGGCUGCUGUACCCGGGGAGUUCAGCACCAUGUCUGGGAGACGUUUGAGGGACACCGUACAGAGGGCUGUGCUGAGUAAGGGUUUACCAGACGAUACUGAGGUUGUCAUUGCUGGACUAUCAAACACCUACGCAGACUACAUCACCACCUAUGAGGAGUACCAGGUCCAGAGAUAUGAGGGAGCCUCCACCAUCUACGGUCCCCACACCCUGGCUGCAUUCCAGCAGCUGUACUCACAACUGGCUCAGGACAUGGUCAUGGAAGAAGCCAUAGAUGUGGGUCCGUCCCCACCAAACCUGCUGUCCCGUCAGCUGUCCUUCCUCCCCCCGGUGGUGAUGGACACCACACCCCUCUUCAGGCACUUUGGGGAAGUGAUUGAUGAUGCAGGAUCCACCUACCACACUGGAGAGACUGUAUCCGUUCGCUUCCACAGUGCCCAUCCAAGAAACAACUUGCAGACCCAGCCAGAGAAGAUGCAGAAGACUGUGAGGCAGCGGCGAUCACUUUUCCGUUUUUUCUCCUGGGCACACAAAAAGAUCCAGAAGUUUUUCUCUGACCCUGAGGAAGAGCUGGACGGAACCUUCCUAACUGUGGAGAGGAAGAAGGAUGAUGGGACUUUUGAGGUGGUCCACAAUGAUGCAUCAUGGGAUACCAUGUUCAAGUGGAAACGCACCAACCCUGUCCUGGGCUAUAGCGAGGCUACCGUCACCUGGACCAUCUCCCCUGACACCCCGUCUGGCACCUACCGCAUCCGCCACUUUGGACAUUCCAAAAACCUGCUGGGAGAGAUCACCCCCUUCGUUGGGAGCUCCCGACAGUUCACUGUCAGUGCUUAGGGGAAUGUUAAUGUCUCAAAAAGACUUAGCCAGGUAUCCUUGCAAACAGUUCAGGGUUGCAUGAGUUUAUUAUUUGUCCUAUCAGGCAAGCACAUAAAAAAUUUCUUGCCUCUAUUUUCCCAAGUUAAGCAUUGCUUGAUGUCAUGACUGUAAAAAGUAACAAGUAUCUCACUCAAUGGAAACAUCUCAAUCCCGAUCAAGCAAUUGGGCUAGGUCAUGGACUUGCCCGAUCAACACUUUCACUUACCCUGUACAAUAGGGCAAGUGGACUUGUCCAACCUUGUAGUUCAGCAACAGCCUUCAGUUAUCAGUUUAUAGUUGAUGCCUGGGAAAUUUGGCUAAAUCUAUUGGGUUAUUUAGUCAUACUAAAAGCUUUUAUGAGAUUCCGACCUUCAUGUUUUUGAAUUCUCAGUGACUCGUACAGUUUUCAAAGUCUAUGUCCAAUGGCGAUACAUACAAAGAAACUGCAGUGAUGUCAAUGAAAAGCCUGUAUGUAGAUGGUAAUCUCUUAGAAGUUGUCUCUCCUACAUUUUCCUUAGUAUGCAGACUCUGAUUAGUGCCCAAGAUGUAUGAGAUUUAAACUGGGCAUAAAUGUUGCAAUAAGAAUAUCAAGAAUCUUGAAUUUAAAUAUUCAUAUCAACUAAUGUAAUGUGAGUAACAUGUCAUUGUUUAGUAUUUGACAAGUGCUGGUCAUGAUUGAGUACUAACCUGAUAAUAAUUUUUUCCAAGACAAUUGUAUCCUACAUUUAAGGUUAUUCCAGAAAUGUUAGAUAUAGAGUAAUUGUGUAAUAGAUAAAUAUAUUAAGUUAUAAAUAGAUAUGUAAGUGUGAGAGACUAUGAUGACCUGCACUUACAGUGGCAUUGAUGGUGAUGAUUAUGAAUAAGUGAAUAAGUACCAAAAAUAUUGGACUUUUUCAUAUAUGAUUCUCCUCUGGAAUUUUAUUUCUGUUGCUAGCUUGCAAAUUAUAUUUUACACAGAAUGAUACAGAUAUUGUAGAUGACUAUUGAAGAAGAUAUUGAAUAGCUUUGAUACAAUGAUACAUGCAUGAAACAUAUCAGAGCUAAGAAUUGAGACUAAUAGUGAAAUAAUUUUUGCUUGAGGUGAUCUCUAUGUGUCAAGCUUCUCUUGAAGACAAAAAUGAUAUAUACGCAGAUAUAUUAGGAUGAUUCCAUAUAUCAAGUUUAUUGUUGCUAUACAAUGUCAUGUAUAGAUAGCUUAAAUUGUUGCAUUCUGAUAAUGUCUUUUUCUUGAAAAUCAUUCUUUGAUAAAUUUCAACCAGUCUGCAA